UUGAAAUUUUUAUUUAAAUUUAAAAUCAUGAAUAAAUUAAUAUUCUUAAUUCUUUGUUCGGCUGCGGUGAUUACUAUUGCUGAAAAUCUCAGUUGGUAUCCCGAUAAUUAUGAAGAGAUAAUUAAAAAAUGUAUGAAAGAUAGCAAUUAUACACCAGGUCUUUCGCUAAUUGAUAGCCCUGAAUUACAUGCUUUUUAUCUGUGCUCUGCCAAAGGUCUAAAUAUUUACAGUGAGGAAUUGGGUUUAAAUAUAGAGCGAUUGUCUUAUACAUUUUUUCCAUCAACCUAUAAAAUGUAUUGCAAGAAAACUUUGGUUCAGAAUUGUGCUGAAGAAAACAAGGAUUUAACCUCUAAGGGAGAAUUGAUUUUUAAAGUGGCCAAAUGCAUAUCGAAUAAGAAAAAUGAACACAAUGACAAUUGUUAAGGUCGAUAUGAGUU